GAAUCAGUUAGAGCUGAACUGUGAAAGCUCUCAGGAAGCAGAGCUUCUGUUCCACACAUCACCUCACCUGUUAAAUGCGAACAACGGUCUCCUUCUCUCAAGUCUGAAGCACCUGCAGAACCUGUUCUAACACGGACCAGGCCGUGCUUUGCAUCCAGAGAUGGCUCUAGCGGUGCUGGAAAUUGUCGCCAUGAUUCUGAGUACCAUCGGCCUGAUAGGCGCUGCGGCCGCCACGGGCAUGCCGAUGUGGAGAGUGACGGCUUUCAUCGGGGAGAACAUCAUUGUGAUGGAGACCCUUUGGGAAGGGCUGUGGAUGAACUGCUUCCGACAGGCCAACAUCAGGAUGCAGUGCAAAGUCUACGACUCCCUGCUGAUCCUGCCUCCGGACCUCCAGGCCGCCCGGGGACUGAUGUGCUGUUCUCUUGCCCUGGCCUUCUUGGGCUUGAUGAUAGCCACCAUGGGGAUGCAAUGCACAUCCUGCAUCCGGGAUAACGACCGUGCCAAAAGCAUCAUCCUCAUUAUAAGCGGCUGUCUUAUAAUUAUGGCCUCUAUUUGUGUUCUUAUCCCUGUGUCCUGGACUGGCAACGUAAUCAUCAGGGAUUUCUACAACCCCCUGCUUCUGGACGCUCAAAGACGAGAGCUGGGAGAAGCCCUCUACAUCGGGUGGGUGACGUCUGCUUUUCUCUUUGCUGGUGGGUGCAUUUUUGCGUGCCGCAGUGUACCUGAAGACAAAAAUUCACAAAGGUUACUAUAUUCCAGAAAUGCGCAGCAUGUAGGGUACCAGCCCCAUGUAUUGCAGCGCCUCCCCUCAAGUGUGCGCAGCAGAAGUGAUUAUGUUUGAAAACCAAGAAGAAAAUGAACAUGGCUGUUCUAAAACUCAACAUCAGUGAAAGGGUGCAGAGCUUGUUCACAGCUGAUGUGUCUUAAAGGGUUAAAACAGAACAGGACAUGCUCUCUGCAUGGGAUUUUAUUUUCGGAUGAAAUAUGGUAAAAGACCUUUGUUCUUGCUAACAAUAAGGCUUCCUUUGUUUCUGACAACAUCAUGGGGUUUACUGUCAGCACCUGAUGAACGGGUGUAAACGGCCAAGCUCUGGAAGAAUGUGAACAUGAGCCUCUUGUGUUGUCAACCAUCUGUUUACUGAAUGCUAAAAUCACAUGUGAGUGCAAUCAGACACCUGAUAUUAUAAGUAAAGAAAACACUUAAUAUUACAGAAAUACCAGUUAUUAGUACUGAAGUGAAAGUGUUUUAUCUAAGCUACAGUAACUUUACAUUUGUAGCAUAUGUAUAAUUUCUGCAGGUUAGAUUACCCUCUGUUACCUAUGCAUUACCACCCCUUCUUAAUUUUUAUAGUGUUUUCAUACCAAUUUUGAGUUUUGUAUUUUUGUGAAAUUCACUCAAUUAUAGAAAUGGAGCAAAAGUAAAUUUAACAUUGCACCUAUAUGCUUAUUGUUUUGUACUUAUUACUUAUUAAAAACACCUUGAUCUCUUUUUACCUUUAUUUAUCCUUUGUAGUGUCUUUAGCAGUUUAACUCAAAUUGAAAUUAAAAAUAUACUAAUAUAAUUUUAUGCUUCCUGUUUUGCUCUUUUUAUGUAGCACAUGAAGUUCAAGAUGAUUUAAUGUUUAACUUAAACAUUUUAAGCUGUUUUUUGUAAUCUGUCUUCAGUUUUAUUAAACCAAUAAAGUAAUCACAUUUCA